CCGCGCCUCAUGUAGAUGCAACACCCCAAUCCGCCUGUCUGCCCUAUAUCACCGACCGCCACCGUCGAAAUUGGCCUUCAGCCCUCAUCUCCACCGGCGCCUCUUCUUCAAUAUAGUCGCCGUCAUUCUCUCCCAACGGCGACGGUGCCUCCCGUCUCUGUUACUCUGGCCAGCGAACCCCCCUCCAGAUGCGGCGCUCUCACCCACCACCGCUGCUCCGCCCCCAACCUCUCCUUCCCAAGUCACCAAUUCUCAAGCAACCACCAACCCUUCAUCUAUUGCAGCUGCUCCUCAAUCACAUCCAAUGGUUACUCGCCUCCGUGAUGGCAUUGUUCAACCCCGUGUUCGCACUGAUGGCACGGUCCGCUAUCCCAUUCCUCGGGCUCUUCUCACUGUUGUCGAAUCAGAUGAACCCACUUGCUAUUCUCAGGCAUCCCAGAAGCUUGAAUGGCGUGCAGCCAUGACCGAAGAGAUCAACGCGCUGCUGAAGAACAACACUUGGACUUUGGUGCCCUCUAUUCCAACUCAAAAUACAGUGGGUUGUAAAUGGGUAUUUCUGAUAAAAUAGAAGGCAGAUGGCUCAAUAGAACGCUACAAGGCUCGACUGGUCGCCAAGGGAUUCCACCAACAGCAAGCGAUGAUCAACUCCUUCAAACCUUCAUUACUACCCUUGGGCGCGAGUUUGACAUCAAGGACUUAGGUCCGCUCCAUUAUUUUCUGGGCUUGCAGGUUCAUACAGUAUCUCAAGGGUUGCAUAUCAAUCAGCUUAAAUAUGCACAUGAUCUUCUUCUAAAGCAUGACCUUCUUCUUCGUAAGCCUGCCAGUACACCUAUGUCUGCCAAGACCAACCUCACUGCCACUGAUGGUGCUCUACUCCCUAACCCCACACCGUUUCGUGAGCUUGUUGGAUCAUUGCAGUACCUCACCAUCACUCGACCUGACAUUGCCUUUGCAGUUAACACAGUUUCCCAGUUCAUGAGCCAACCACGUGUGCCUCAUUUUAUUGCUGUGAAACGCAUCCUCCGUUACAUAAAAGGGUCUCUUAGUCAUGGGUUGUUGUUUACUCCGCAACAAGGUACUGCUUGUCUUUCGGCAUAUUCUGAUGCUGACUGGGCUGGUUGUCCGGAUUCUCGUCGCUCAACAUCUGGCUAUCUUGUGUACCUUGGCUCUAAUCUUAUCUCAUGGUGUUCAAAGAAGCAACCAACAAUUGCUCGUUCUAGUGCGGAGUCCGAAUAUCGCUCUUUGGCCCAUGCAAGUGCUGAAACAACUUGGCUGGGAUACUUAUUGUAUGAACUUGGUGUUCGGAUUCAGUAUCUUGUUCAACUGCACUGUGACAAUUUGAGUGCCACUUAUAUGGCUUCCAACCCUGUUUUCCACGCACGCACCAAACAUAUCGAGCUUGACUAUCACUUUGUCCGGGAAAAAGUUGCUUGUGGAAGUCACCAUGUAUGCUUCAUUCCGUCCAAGGAUCAGCCAGCAGAUUUACUCACCAAACCACUUCAUAAAUCCCACCAUAUGCUUGAUCUUUUUCAGCAAACUUGUCCAUCCAAGAUCGUCAAGUUUGAGGGGGGCUGUUAGAGCACAUGAAUCUGGCCCAUAAUCUUUUCCAUUAUAAAUCUGAUCUUGCUGUGAUUGUGCAUUAGUUUUGAUAUUGUUUAGAUUAUGCAUCAGUUUUGAUAUUGCUAUUAAUACAGAUUUAUUGCCUUAUGUAAAAGCUGUGUAUAGCUACUCCUAUAUAAUGUAUAGCAUGUAAUUGAAAAGAUCAAUGAGAAUCAAUUUCUACA